GCGUCAACCAAUCACACUCUGCGUCUUUAGCUUCAUGCUGCAGCGAGGAUCUUACCGAAAUUGACCAAAGCCAUGGAUUUGAGAGACUUUGAGGCGGAUAAUUCGGUCAGUUGCCGGCUGUCCUCUCCUGUCCCUGAUCUCUGCAGGACUGAAGACUGCUGUCUGGGCAUCGACGAGGCCGGCAGAGGUCCUGUCCUGGGUCCUAUGGUGUAUGGAAUAUGUUUCUGUCCUGUGUCCAGAAAGGAGAACCUGAAGAACCUGAAAGUUGCAGACUCGAAGACGCUGAGCGAGGCGGAGAGAGAGAAUCUGUUUCUGAAGCUGGACAAGGCCAAAGGUUUUGUGGGCUGGGCUCUUCAGAUCCUCUCACCCAAUACCAUCUCCACCAGCAUGUUACAGAGGGCGAAGUAUAACCUAAACGCUCUGUCUCAUGAUGCCGCUAUCGGGUUAGUGCAGUACGCGCUGGACUGCGGAGUCCAGCUCAAAGAGGUGUUUGUGGACACGGUGGGCCCGGCGGAGAAAUACGAGGAGAAGCUGUCUCAGCGUUUUCCCGGGGUGAAGGUGACCGUACGGCCCAAAGCAGACUCGCUCUUCCCCAUCGUCAGCGCCGCCAGCAUCUGCGCCAAGGUGGCUCGAGACCAUGCCGUGAAAGACUGGAAGUUUACAGAAGAUCUAGGCAGAGUGGACACCGAUUACGGCUCGGGAUACCCCAACGACCCAAAGACUAAGAGCUGGCUGUUGAAGUAUCUGGACCCGGUGUUCGGUUAUCCGCAGUUUGUGCGUUUCAGCUGGAGCACAGCGCAGACUCUACUGGACAGCAAAGCAGUCCCAGUGCACUGGGACGAUGACGAGGACAGAGAGAAAGCAGCAGCUCGACAGAAUAAUACGUCCGUGCUGUCGUACUUCAGCCGCAGCAAACCUGCCGGCAACACACCCAAGAGAGAGACACACCGCUUCUUCACCGAGCGCAGAUUACAGAGCAUCGACACACUCUGAAUACGCAGACACACAGUGUAGUCACGCAUGUGUGUGUAUAUAUAUAUAUAUAUAUACACACACACACACUGUCGACUGUAAAGCAACAGCACUCUGUGAAGGUCUUCUGGAAAUUUUUGUGUUAUAUUUUUUUAAACAACUUUCUUAAUAUUCCAGAAAUAAAAUGUGAAUUUUAUACA